AUGGAUGAGCACGACCAGGAAGAUGUUGGGCAGGGGCCCUCAAGUAACGACUCCUUCGCCCAGUUCUCCUUUGCUCCCGCGACUCGGACCACCGUGGUGACUACGACCACCACUACAACAACGUCCUUUCCGCCUCUCCUGAUCAAAUCCCCGCGUGCUACAAAGGACCUAGAUACGAGACUAUAUCCCUUGGCAUCUACGCCAACCCCAGCAAACUUGAGAAAUCUUCGGUUCAGACUCGGGGACCAGUCGAUCGUCUUCGAUGAACCCAACGAUACUACUGCGGCCUUCACCGAGCUGAACGAGAAGAACGAUGCUCUGAAGUCUUCAAACGGUUUGAUUCGCUCUGUGAACUCGUUUACCACCGAGGAUGAUAGUGCUUCCCGACGACUGGCAGCCCCACGAUCUGUCGCUCGGAUCAAUCAUCCCAAUCCUCCGCCCCGACCCGUCUCCCCCGUCUCUAUUUCGGAUCCUCGUCCCGCUAUUCUUCCUCGGUCCCGUGCGGUUCGAGUGCCAUCCGAGCCUGUAGCACGACGCACCCGCCACUAUGCAUCGGCUUCUACCCAUCUCUCUCCUGCUGGUCUUGCCACUCCGGAAACUGAGCACAAUAUCGGAAGUCUGGGUGAGGGCCCGUCCUCGAAACGGGCUCAUAGCGCAAAUUUCCCUCGCAGGGAGACCCUGUUACGGUCACCCCUGUCUGCAGAGGUUGGCCCAUCCGACGCCGGUGCUCAGAAGCUUUUGGAAGACCUGGCUCAGAACCGGGAGCUGCAACCCACCAAACCGGACACAACCGCAGCGGUCACAUCAGACCCGAGCUCCUUCACACAAUCGGUAUCCUUUGCCUCGACCGAAAGUUCGUCACAGCGAAGACCCGACCUGACGGCUCAACUCUCGGCUAUUGACAAUGCUAUGGCGCAAGAUAUGUGCCUGCCCAGCCCCAGCCUGUCCCCAGUGGCUGCCAUGAAUGCGCUGCAUGGCGAGUCCUCUUUUGACUCCGAGGGGCCGGAUGUCGACACGGAUUCUAGCUUGGACCACAAUGUUCCACGGUACUCGAAGACUGUGCGCCUUCUUGAUACAGAUGUCUCUCGGCCCAAGAGUCUCGCGACUACGUCACGAUCCCCGCCAUCUCUGAUGGAUAUGCCCAAGGUGCUCGAGUUUUUUGACUCUGUACCGGACGAACUGAAGUCGUAUCUCAUGUAUCAAUUCUUGAGACGAUGCCCUAAACCCACUCUGCAUUUUGUGGCCGAUGUCGUGAACCCGACAUUGAAGUGUGAUUUCCUGACCAUGCUCCCUCUUGAACUGAGUUUGAAUAUCAUCAAAUAUUUUGAUGUCCAAACCAUGUGUCGCGCGUCACAGGUUUCGAAGAAAUGGCGCCACAUUGUCAGCUCUGAUGAGAAAACAUGGAAGGACCUGCUUGAUCGUGAUGGUUAUGCGCUAUCCGAGGGAGAGCUGGAGCGAGCCAUCCGAGAAGGUUGGGGCUGGCAGUGCAGCAGCACUGAUGACUUUGAGAGAGACCUGAGCAAACAGUUCUCUUCUCGGGUUGACGGAGAGUCUUCGCCCGUUGCUUCCUCUUCCCACGCUCACGAGAGAGCACCAUUGACAUCUUUGACUCCGAACAGACGUCCCAAGCGAAAGGCAAACACUCGCGCUUCGAGUCGCAAGCUAGCUAAGCGCAAGAUCUCUUCUAGUGGCACCGACCAUUCUGAGCCAGAUUGGAAGAGGGACAUUGCUGCAUCGGAGGCUCCGUAUGCCGCUGCCAACGCUGCGGCUGCGGCCGUUCCUUAUCCCGAUGUCGGUAUGCCGACCCUUCGUGGACUUUACCUAUACAAGGCUCUCUAUCGCCGACAUCACGCUAUCCGCCGUGGCUGGAUGAAGCCUGAAGUCAAGCCGCAACACCUUGCCUUCCGCGCUCAUGACCGCCACGUUGUCACUUGUCUGCAGUUUGACACGGACAAGAUUUUGACUGGAAGUGAUGACACGAAUAUCAACGUUUAUGACACCAAGACUGGUGCUCUGAAAGCUACUCUGGAGGGCCACGAAGGUGGUGUCUGGGCUCUCGAGUAUCACGGAAACACGCUAGUCUCCGGUUCUACGGAUCGAUCUGUCCGUGUGUGGGACAUUGAGCGUGCUAGAUGUACACAGGUCUUUAAUGGCCACACGUCUACCGUGCGCUGCUUGCAGAUCGUCUUGCCCACAGAGGUGGGUAAGGAUGCUGAUGGUCGUCCGGAGAUCAUGCCCAAGGUUCCUCUCAUCAUCACUGGAUCUCGUGAUUCGAACCUGCGCGUGUGGAAGCUUCCGAAACCGGGCGAUCCCUCGUAUUAUCCUAAUGGACCCCUGGCGGAUGAUACUGACUGUCCCUACUUUGUGCGUGUAUUGUCGGGACACAGCCACUCCGUCCGUGCAAUUGCAGCCCACGGCGACACUCUUGUGAGUGGAAGUUACGAUUGCACGGUCAGGGUUUGGAAGAUCUCCACCGGUCAGGUUCUUCACACCCUUCAAGGCCACUCCUUGAAGGUUUAUAGUGUUGUGUUGGACCACAAGCGCAACCGUUGCAUUAGCGGUGCAAUGGACCACAUGGUCAAGGUCUGGUCGCUGGAAGAUGGUUCCCUGCUACACAACCUCGAAGGUCACACCUCCCUGGUUGGUCUACUUUCUUUGCAGAGUGACUACCUCGUUUCUGCUGCGGCAGACUCCACCCUCCGCAUCUGGGAUCCCGAACACGGCCACUGCAAGAACAUGUUGAGUGCACACACUGGUGCUAUCACUUGCUUCCAGCAUGAUGGGCAAAAGGUCAUCUCCGGAUCGGAUCGAACCUUGAAGAUGUGGGAUGUCAGUACCGGUGCCUGUGUCCGAGAUCUUCUCACCGAUUUGAGUGGAGUGUGGCAGGUGAAGUUUAAUGACCGACGAUGUGUUGCUGCGGUGCAGCGCGACAGUUUGACGUACAUUGAGGUUCUUGAUUUUGGUGCCGCACGGGAUGGUGUCCCUGAAAACAAACUCGGCAAGCGUAUUGUGGUCAAUCGUCGCGGACGAGAGAUUGCCACCAGCAACGUUGAUUCUGACUCAGACUCGGACUGA